AUGAUCCGCUCACGGGUACCUGCCUUGACCGUUGCCAUGAUCUUUCCCUCCAUCUUCCUCGCCAUGUUGAUGAUGGUCAGCGAGACCAUCGCAGCACCAUACGAGUCUUCUACGGCGCUCGACGCCAUCCAAAGUAGAACAGAGAAGAAGAUACCAGCAAACUUCAAGGCUUCUUGCUCAGAUGUUCGCUUCUUCGACCCAAGAGUUCUCGUAGAAGAGGGUAGCAAGAAGAAAGAUUCGACCCCCUAUCUCGUAGCCAAGUGUGGCGAUGGCAAAGGCGGCCAAAAGUGCUCCUGGAUGCCCCUGACCGCCUGCUUCGCAAACGCGCACGGGGAAAUUGUUUACCGGAGAUAG